CUCACUGCUGUGACUGCUAGACAAUGAUAACACCUAAAUGUCAGCUGUUGUCAAAUUUUGUUGACUAAAGAAAAGGAGUAGUUACAUCAGCUCAUGACUGCAUUUUUUAAAUUAUAUACCUAUUGACGAUGUUAGGAUAUACUAAAUUUACAAGUGCUAUAAACAAACGAUAGUUGAACUGACUUCAUAAUCAAAACUUCACAAUAUGUAUUUCUCCAAAGCAGCCAUAUCACUUGUUUGUGUGCUUUUAAUUCUGUCUGUAUUUAUGGCUAAUUUAUUAAAUAUAAUUGCAAUAGACAAUUUUUAUGCAGAAAGUAGUAAUAUAGGUGAAAAUUACACAAAGUAUUUAGGCAAAAAAUAUGGACAAAUGACUGAUUCCACCAAAAACCUUUUGUGGUUUUUGCAGAUAUCCGACAUACACAUCAGUAUAUUCCGUGACCCAGCAAGAAUUGCUCAUUUUCAACAAUUUACUGAUAUAACUGUUAAAUCUAUAAAGCCCCUUAUUGUGUUAGCAACUGGAGAUCUCACAGAUGCCAAAGCUAAAGACAAUUUGGGUAGUUCACAAGUCAAAAAGGAAUGGGUGUACUAUCAUAACAUUAUAAAGGAGUCUGGUGUUACUGAAUAUACAACGUGGCUUGAUAUUAGAGGAAAUCAUGAUAACUUCAAUAUCAGGACAAUUAAUUCCCAGGAGAAUUAUUUUAGAAACUUUUCCAUACAAGGGACAACUCAUUCUAAAUCAUAUGCCCAUAUAGUUGAGCAUAAUGGAGUAAAUGUGGCAUUUCUAGGAAUGGAUGCCUGCCCUGAUCCUGGUUUAAGACGACCCUUUAAUUUCAUAGGUAUUUUAGAUGUACAAGAACAACAGAAUUUGGAAAAAUUAAAAAAUGAAGCAGACCAAAAAGCUGAUCAUUUAGUUUGGUUUGGUCAUUAUCCUACAUCAUGUAUAUUGUCCUUAGAAAGGGAUUCCCAAAGAAUGAGUGUGAGAGAACUUAUUGGUAGUGCUGGUGGCUCUCAAGUAUAUGUUUGUGGACACUUGCAUUCAAUGGGGGGAUUAGUUAAACAAAUGUAUACAAAACACAAGAAAGGUUAUUUAGAACUUGAAUUAGGAGACUGGAAAGACAAUAGAAUGUUUCGUUUAGCUGCAAUUGAUCAUGGAUUAUUUUCAUUCAUUGAUCAAAAGCAUAACUCUUGGCCUAUAAUACUAGUGACAAAUCCAAAACAUGCUCGAUAUGUUUUACCGGGACGUGAACCUCUUCAGUUGAUACCAGAAUCAACCCAUAUAAGAAUAUUAGUGUUUAGUGAUGUCAAAAUAGAAAGUGUAAAAAUUUCUUUUGAUAAAAUUAGUUGGAUGCUCUGUAAGAAGAAAGAUGGUCCAUUAUAUGUUUGUCGUUGGUUGCCACAUUUGUUUGCAACUGGUUUACAUAAGUUAUAUGUUGAAGCAAUUGAUGAAAUGGGUAAAAAUAAUACUUUAGAACAUCCAUUUUCUUUGGAUGGUACUGUAAUGCCAUUUGGAAUAACAUCGAGAUUAAUGCUAAUGUUGGAUGCUGGUGCAGUGUUUCAGGCCGUAUUUGGGACAUUACUUAUAAUAAACGUACUGCCGCUAGUGAUUUUAAGGCUUCAAAAACGACCGCCAAAAUAUAUGAGAAGAUAUGGUCAGAAAAUACUGCGGAGCCUUUGGUUAUUAAGCAAAAUUGACAGAAUAUUUUACCCUAUAGUUUUAUAUGCUAUUUAUUUGCCUUUAGGACCUUGGGUAAUUGGAGAACUUAUUGAUGGAUAUAUAGGAACUAUAUUUGCAUGGGGGAUUUUAAUAAAAGGAACAUAUCUACCCGAACCAUUUACUUACACAUAUGGAAGUGUACAAUUACUGUUCGUACAGCUACCACUUAUUCUUGUACUAGCUCAUUGCUUGGAUACUAGAUUGUUUGCCCAAAAUUUAAGAGGAUAUAAACGCCUAAUAAAGAAUAUGCCAUUCAUUUUUCUGUUAUCUAUUCAGCUAUUAUUAGCGUAUUUUUUUUGGCUAGAAUAUGGCACAAUUUCGUUUUUAUUCGGGCCUUUAAGAACUUGGAGUGUCGUUUUAAGCACUUUGCUAUGGUACAAAACGUUAACGUUACCGCCCGAUUAUUGCAGGUAUUUGAUCAAGUUAAACGAUUUGCCAUCAUAAUCGUGCGUUAUUUUAAGAUAUUUCGUAUUUAAUCAGAUGCGAAGAUGUAUUUCACAGCACAUUCAAUUGUAUUAAUAUAUAGUCCCUUUUCCUUCUACGGACUUCUUUCGAUCGAGGUUCGCCUCUGCACGUUCAGAAAAUAUGUAUUUCUUACUUUAUUUAGCAUGUCCUAUUUGAGCUUAGGAUACUUAUUAUAUUUUAUUUUCUGCCACAAUUUACAAGUGGGUUAAUUGCAAAGUACAUAAUAAUAUUUUAUUAACUGUACAGUAUAAUACUAGUAAAAUCGAGUUUUUAGCAGUCAAGAAGUAUUUUGCCACAAUCUAUUUAUUAUAAUGUAAUUCUUAACAAAAAUAGUCAAUUGUUUAGUUUGUAUAAAAUAUAAGUAUUUAUUGUACCAAAGACUUCGAUAUGAACAAAUUCAGCACCGUAACUAGGGGUUGCAGUAGUAAUAGUUGUUGUCCUCGGGGCGACGUUCUGAUUUUGUGUCCUUGGAAAAUAGAAUUUGAUUGCCAUUUCAGCAAAGAAUUUAUUCAACACAUGUUAAUAAAAUGUUUUGAAUUACAUUGUAAUUUAUAAAAAAAAAUAAUAAAAUUAUGAGACGAUUCUUGACACUGUUUACAAUUCUCUGACAUCAAUCUGUUUGUGUGAUGUUUAGGACAAAUUUAUUGCCCAGUCGAAAAGUUACGGAGAGCACUUGAUUAAAUGUCUCUUUAAUAUUAAUAACGAAUUGAGAUAUGUGUAUUUAGGUGAUUCCGAGCGCCUCUACGGGGGUAUGGGCUUUCCGUUGUCGUUUUCAGGUCCUAGUUGCGGUGCUGAACAAAUUAAGCAUUCCAAACUUAAAUGUUUUGGUUAUUUAAAAAUUUGUUCCUAUAAAGUAUUAAAUAUUGUGAUAAUGUGGCAUGAUUAUAAUUUUACGCAACUAUUAUUUAUAUUUUGUAAUAUUUUAUGUAAGAGAGACAAUGUAAUUGUUUUUAAAUACUGCGACGAAGUUGUUCUUAACAUAUUAAUAAAAUGCGGUUUUUUUAAUUAAAAACUUAUUACGA